AUGCCGGAGUUUUCUUCGGGCGCGCUUUUGUCAAAACACGCGUUGUUAUGGUUGCCCAGAAGGCGACGAGAUCGGGAUCGAAACGAAGCGGUUGUUGAACGAAAGGCUUACUAUUCGCGAAUCGUAGCGAAUGAGAUGAUAGUAAAUAGUGCAAGUGAUUUGCUGCUGCUGGGUGCGGAGGUGCGCACCGUUCCAUUGAGUAGAAUUGCACAAGUUACACUCGGUGAACUCCGGCGCCACGAAAGUGAUGUCGAAUUGUACGAGUUCCUGUUUACCAACGUUAUCCACCACUUUGAACCGGAGCAGUUCGAAGAGGAAAUCUCUGUCCCCGUUCUGCCAGAAUUGGUUCACUUUUUGGAUAAACUUCAAAGUGACCUUCUUUCGAGUGCAUUGUCCUGUUUUUUCGCCGAGAAUCACGCACUGCUUCAACGGUUAAUGGCGAUGCUGCAAAAUCUGUUAGAAUACACCGCAAGCCACGCAAACACAUUCCAUUUGUACCAUUCGCUUGUUAUAUUUCCUGAGUAUCUUCUACGAUGCUACACGAUUCUACGAUCGAGUGCCGACAUGUCGUCGGCACAGGACACGGAGUUGCUGAACGCGAAGAAAACCCUGUACCGUGGUUGCAACAACAUUCUGACGGUGUUUCUAGAACUACUGUGUCCGGAAGGAGCAACCAGCAGCUAUUUUCAGAAGAUCGAUCAGGAUAAGCAGUUUGAAUGUUUAGAAAAGGUUUGCCUUCUGUUGGCGGCUGUGGGCAAUGAAAUAAGUGACAUCAAUGCACAGCUGGCCAGUAAUGUGUGGACAAGCAUAACAAAGCUGUGCACCAAGCAUGCUGAGCAAUGUUUUACCAGAAACCGGUCCGACUGGCUGAGCCAGAUCGUGCUAACUCUGAAUGCCGGCCUUGAAGCUUCUUUUCUGGAGCUAUGCGUCAAAAACAAACCGCCCAAAGCGUUGACGCUGAGGACGAACGAAUUCUUCUUGCGUAUAAUGUCGAAGCUACUGUCGCUUUCGAAGCAGCACGCAUCCUUGGAUGGUUUCUUGGCAAUCAUCACCACACUGCUUCGCAUCAAAACGUGCCUUCAUUCGAGAACGGUUGCCCGCGAACUGGCAACGGGCAUUGAUCAGUAUCUACAUGUCGGCUACAUAAAAGUCGUGGAAAAUUCAAUCCGAUUGGAGUCCUUUGCCAAGGCUCUGGCGCAAUACGAGUGCCAAACUGUGGACGAUAUUCACUCGUUCUACAUCCUGACGAUGCACGUCAUAGAGCAGAUCAUCAUCAAUUCGAAUGACUUAAACCUCCUGAAGCUGUACUGUGUCCGGGGUAACUUGCUCCAGCAAGUGUGUACGCUUCUGAAACGGUCCGACAAUCUGUUCCUGGCCAAUGAGAACCUUUACCAGCAACUUCUUGUGCGGUGCUCUGCACUUGCAGUGAUGGGUGCCCGAUUGCGGAACCGGGUGGUUCACAAAGCAAUCGAAGAAUCGAUGGUUCGCAUGAUCCUCCAGGAGCACUACUAUACCGGAUUGUUCGGUAUCGAUCUGUGGUCAGUGUUUGUGCGUUGCCAUACGACCCAGUUAAUGUUCGCUUACUUCACGUUCUGGGAGGCAAUCAACGGUCAGUACGCCAUUUUCAGCACCAAACCGGAGCAGGUGUAUGUGGCUACAGUGUUGCGAAAUUUGUUCGACUUCCUUCCAGUGGCAAUGAAAGUGAACAUUCUCUGCACCCGCCCAAUUUCGGAUUGUGCAAAUGACCGUUUGUGGGCAACUGUACGGUUGCCAGACGAGGUGAACGCCUCUCACAAGAAAUGUUUUGUUGAUGGCAUCGCCAAGCGCCUGCAGACCGUAACAAAUACGCAGCAACCGAGUGUGAAAAGGUUCUAUGAAAUGUUACACUUGAUACGGAUCGUCGGCAACACGGGCCAAACUGCCGACGGCGCACUCGGGGAGUGUGUGAAACAGUUCUGCAAACAGAUCGACUGGUCGAACAUUUUAACCAAAUCUGACACCAUACAGGGCAAUAUCUUGGAAUGCAUGCAAGAGAAUCUGCACCAGCUACCGGCAAAAACACUCUGUGGUGGCAACCUCUCGAGUGCGAGUGUUUUCGUAAAAUAUAAAAUUAUGAAACUAUGGAAACGAACCAACACACCACUGGAUGCUGCGGAAGGCCUGAAAUGCUUGCUAAAUGACAAUGAGCCAUUCAUCAACGCACAAGCGUUCUUUUUGUUGCGAACACUGAACGACAGACGCCACCCUGUGGCAGUACAGUUGAUUGCUAAAACACCCUCUCUGCAAUCUCAGCUCCUCUUUCUAAGCAAAGACGAUCGUCGACCAGUCUCAUCAGCAAUCUCCAACUCGCCAGGACACUGUGUUGCAGUUGCACAUCGCUGCAAAGAUCCGCGCAACCAGGGAACCGACUCACCGGGCGAUUUAACGCAACUGAUAAACGACAAAAUAGAUCAGCUGUUUCCGGAUGAAGACGGUGACGACAUCGAUAUGCUCGUUGCCAACUUGCCUCCCAAACGGCGAAAGGUUGAGGAAAACGAUGGCCGCGCUAAGGCAAAUCGUUUCAUUGACCAGCUAGAAGUGCAGACCGAAGAGUUGGGGCAACUAUUGCGAACUCACCGCUUAGAGGUGGCCAACAAAGAACGAUUAAGAAAGAUUGUCUCAGCGGUGACCAACAUUCUGGAGAGCUAACGAUGUGCGUGAUUCGUUCGAGGAGUGAUUGUAAAUAUUGUACAAAAUGAC